AUGGAAAAUAUCGAAACGAAUGUAUUGGUUUCUGAAUCAGAACAAAUUGUUUCUGAAGAGAAUAAAAUCGAAACCAUGGCACAAGUAUUCGUUGACACAGAACCAUUUUUUAAUGGUACUUUAGAAAUUGUAGAAACUGCCUCAGGAACAAUCAUUCCUGCUAUCCAAUUCCUCCCUUUAUUUGGAGAAAUAGGUGAGCUAGCUUGUGGACUCAUAAAAUUAUAUCAAGAUGCAAAGUAUAAUAGAAGAAUUUGUGGUAUGUUAAUUAUUAGAGUUCAAGAUGCAUUAGCUUCAAUAAAUAAAUUAGAAGUUUACGCAAAAGAUUUUCCUGAAAUUACUACAUUUUUUACUAAAGAGAAUAAUAUAACUUUAAGAAAUUUUAAAUUUGUAAUGAAAAGAAUUGAAAAUUUUAUAAAAGAAAUUCAAAAUCUCAGUAAAUUUCAAAAAUUUAUACAAUCAAAUUCUAUUAAGCAAACUUUUGAAGAAAUUACUUCUGAAUUCGAUCGUUAUAUGAAAUCAUUAAAUUUUGCAUUAAAUAUUGGUGCAAAUUUACAAUUAGCAAUAAAUAGAAAAGAAUCUAUUGCAUUAAAUAAGGAUAUGGAGGAUAUGAAAGAAUUAAUGCUAAGCCUUUCAUCAUCCAUACAAAAUAUUGAAAUGUUCACAAAGUGCAAAGAUGCAUUUGACAAGUCAGAAGGUCAAGAUCUUAUUAAUAAAGAACUCAUCGAUAAGGCUCUUCUUAAUCCUGAGGAUUUUACUACACCAGAUGAAAUUCGUGGCAAAGUUCAAAAAUGGUAUUACAAACUUCAUAGUGAUACUGAGGUAGCGCUUAAAGAAAUAGAUACAGAAACAAACAAGCAAAUACAAAAUCUUGAACUUCAAAUCGGGCUCUUGAAAAUUAUCAAUGAGUCACGAGACAUCAUUCAAUAUUUUGGUCUUGUUACAAUUAACAAUAAAAAGUUUCUCGUUACUGAAUGGGCCAAAUAUGGAAACUUGCGUGAAUAUUAUCAAGCCAAAAAUCCUGAUAUUGCUAUUAGAACUAAAUUUGCUUUAGAAAUAGCACGUGGACUUUGUUUUCUUGAAGCACUUAAAAUCUAUCAUCAUGACGUAAGAAGUGAGAAUGUAAUGAUAGAUUAUACAGAACGUGCAAAACUCGCAAACUUUGGAUUGAGUCGUGGAUUUACUAAAGCAACAAGAAGCAUUGAUCUUUCUAUGGAUUACGUUCGAUAUAUGGCACCAGAAAAGAUCAAAGAUCAUCAAAAAACAAGUUAUACUUCAAAAUGUGAAGUGUUUAGCUUCGGAAUGCUUUUAUGGGAAAUUGCAGAACAAAAAGUUCCUUUCUUUGAAACUAAUCUUACGAUUCUUGCAAUCAGUCAAAAAAUAUUAGAUAAUGCGAUGAAUUUAGAAUUCUCAAGUAACGAUGUGCCAAAUAAAUGGAAAGAACUUGUAUUUGAAGACCGCCCAAGUUUAAAUGAAGUGCAUAGAAAACUUAGAAAAAUAAAUGAGACUAUCACUACAAAUAACAAUAUUACAACGCAAUCAGUUAGUGAACCAGUUAGUGGAACAUUUUCAUUAGAAGAAGCAAUUAGACAAACAAGGAGCAAAAAUGGAUCUAAAGAGAAAGCUUGGGAAACGAUUAAAUCAUUUGCUGAAUCCAAUGAUUUCACGGCAAAAUAUUGGAAAGGUUAUUAUCUUUAUCACAAGUUAAUUACUUUUUCAUAUACAGACAAAGUACGAAUUCAACUUGCCACUGAAUCUUUUAAAGAAGCUGCAGACGAAGCGAAUAUAGUAGAAGCGCAAUAUAUGUAUGCAAUUUGUAUUUCUAAAACAAAGCCAGAAAUUGCAACAGAAUAUUUCAUUAAAGCAUCGAAUCAAGGUCAUGAAGCUUCAAUGCAUAAUUUAGGGUUAAUGUACUAUCAUGGUAAAGGCAUUGAUAAAAAUGAGGAAGAGGGUAUCAAUUGGAUUAAACUUGCAGCAAGAAAAAAAUUAGAAGCUUCCAUUGCUUUCUGUGAAAAAC